GUUAUGGCACCAGAGCUCUCUAAACAGAGGAGUCUCUGUGCCUCACUUAAAACGCAGUUCCCAGAAUUCCCUUACAGUUAAAGCGGUCUCAAGAUGGGAUUAUUUUUGUCCCGUCUGCUCUGGCCCUUAGACGCCACUUUAAGUGGGACCCUGGGAUGUGUAGUUUCACAAGGCCUUAGUUGGAGCUUUCUCUGCCGAAGAGUGCUCUGGACAAACGGAGAAUCCUUGUAGGAUGGAGGGAGCCGUGGAGCAGUGAAAGCGGUAUCAAAGCGCGUUAUGUCCACAAUGUAGAUGCACCUGUGGGAAGGGAAGGCGAGCAGGGCCAGUAGCUUCUGUGGCCCCCUCUCCCUCCCUCCUCCUCCUCCUCUUUGGUCUGGGCGCUUUCGAGAGAGAGAGAGAGAGAGAAGGAAGGCUGGAAAUGCGGAAGCUUCUGCCCUCAACCGACGGAUCCUCCUCGGGCUCCCUUCGGCAGCAACUGCCACUCGGAGGAGCAGAGGAGGAGGGAAGGCAGGCAGGCAGCAGAGGCGUUGCCCUGGCGGGGCAGGGAGAGCCCCCGUCCCCCUCGCCUGCAUGGCCACCCUGCCCUUCUCUGACAGGAGGGCCUUCGCUUUGAAAAUCAACAGGCAUUCCUCAGCCGACAUUCGAAGGCAGUUUGUAAAUCAACCAAACAUUGGACAAUUCCCUCAGCGAAGUAUCAGUACCCCUGGCUUCUCUACUGCUCAUCUACCUCAAAAGUACUUAGCCUUAAAANNNGUGGAUUUUGAAGGUUUUCUGAUGAUGCAGCUGAAUAAUUUAGAUCAAAUUACUCCAAGACUUGGGGAUUUCCCUGAAGAUGAUUUGGAGGUGGUCUUUACACAGGAGCACAGGACUGUGCAGCCAUCCUUACGAAGAGAGAAGAAAGUAAGGGCUGCAUUGGAUCCUCAUGUUCGGGAUUGUAUUCAGACUUAUAUUCGUGACUGGUUGAUUGUGACCCGAAAAAACCAAGGAAAUAAUGAGGCAUACACAUUUGCAAAAUGGGGAUCUAGGAGAGAUUACCACAAGACCCUUCAAAAGCAAACAUUUGAAUCUGAUGUACUGGAUUACAGUGAUUCAAAUUACCAGGCAAGUCCCAGGCAUUUGAAGGUCCUUUGCGAUGAGUCUAAUAGAGCCACACUGACAUCUGGGGACAUUGACCUACGUAGCCUGCAACCAGAUCCUUGUCUACCAAGUCUGCUACAGCAUACUGGUGCAGAAGACUUGCAAAGGCAGAAUGAAGAGGCACGGCGAAGCAACAGGCCUACAGAACUGUUUGCUCUGUAUCCUAGUAUAGAUGAGGAAGAUGCUGUGGAAAUACGACCAGUUCCUGAAUGCCCAAAGGAAUAUCUGGGGAAUAGGAUAUUGGUGAAAAUACAAACCCUGAAAUUUGAGAUAGAGAUCGAACCUUUCUUUGCAACUUUAGCUCUCUAUGAUAUAAAAGAAAGAAAGAAGAUCUCAGAAAAUUUUCAUUGUGAUUUCAACUCUGAACAGUUGAAAGGGUUUUUGCGAUCUCACACACCAUAUGUUGAUUCCUCUAGUCUGGCAAGGUCUGCAGUAUUUUCUGUAACAUAUCCCUCUCCCGAUAUCUACCUAGUAAUGAAGAUUGAAAAAGUCCUUCAACGAGGAGAAAUUGGUGUUUGUGCGGAACCCUACAUGGUUCUAAAAGAAAGUGAUAGUGGAAAGACUAAAGAAAAGGUUGAAAAAUUAAAAACACAAGCAGAGUCCUUUUGUCAUCGUUUGGGAUCAUAUCGCAUGCCUUUCGCUUGGAUUCCAAUAAGUUUAGCAAGCUUCUUCAAUAUUUCAACACUUGAGAGAGAUAUAGCAGAGUUAGAAGUUUUAAAUGGCAAAGGAUCUUCUGGGGAUAGGAAAAUGAUGACAAUGCAAGCUAGGAGAUUAUCUGAAAGAAGUCUUGGCACAGAAGAUGUUCCUGGCAUGAUGAACUUCAAAGCCACCCCUCUAACAUUGAACACAUUUUAUAAGCAGGAAGGAGAUAAACUUAGUGAUGAAGACUUAUUCAAGUUUCUAGCUGAUUCCAAGAGAUCCUCUUCCUUGCAGAGAAGAGUUAAGUCUAUACCAGGACUGCUUAAACUGGAGAUCUUGCCUGCUUCAGAAGCCCUCACUUGUUGUCUCAGUCCAGAAUUAUUACAGGUGAAGCCCUUCCCAGAAACCCGCUGCCGUCCUCAUAAAGAGAUCCUGGAAUUCCCAGUAAGAGAAGUUUACACCCCCCACACUGUGUACAGAAAUCUUCUUUAUGUGUACCCACAACGGCUGAAUUUUGCAAACCGACUGGCUACAGGAAGAAAUAUUACUAUUAAGAUUCAGUUUAUGUGCGGAGAAGAUCCUUCCUGUGCAAUGCCGAUCAUCUUUGGAAAAUCUACCGGUCCAGAAUUUGUUCAAGAGAUUUACACACCUGUUACAUAUCAUAACAAGUCCCCUGACUUCUAUGAAGAAGUGAAAAUUAAGCUUCCUGCUAAACUGACAGAAAAACACCAUCUGCUCUUCACAUUUUAUCACAUCAGUUGUCAGCCAAAACAAGGAGGAUGUGUAGAGACUCUCCUGGGAUAUUCUUGGCUGCCAAUUCUGUUAAAUGAUCGUCUCCAGACAGGUCAUUAUUGCCUUCCUUUUGCCUUGGAUAAACUGCCUGCCAACUAUUCAAUGCACUCAGCAGAGGUAAUGGACCUAUCCACUAAAAGAAACACUAACUUCUCCCAAUUUGCCUUUGAAUCAGUCGUUGCCAUAGUGAACAGCCUUCACAACAGUAAAGAUCUGGUCAAGGACCAACAUGGAAGAAAUUGCCUCCUAGCAUCUUAUGUCUACUAUAUAUUCCGUCUUCCUGAAAUUCAGAAGGAAGUUGUCAAAUUAGGUACAACAGGAAGUGCUAAUCUACCUGAGUCUCGUUAUUACACCUAUGGCCGCACCACAGCAGUUUCUGUGGGCUCUCGACUCUUGCAGAGCCGAGCAACCAGCUGUAGUAAUCCUGAUAUUGCAGGAUUGCAGGCUUCUACUGAUGAAGAAGUCCAGGAGAUCAUGUCCUCGAGGAUUGUAGAUCGAAGCUGCAACCGGAUGUCUUACUAUAGUACGCCCAGCAGCAAUUUGUCCAGUCCUUGCACAAGCCCAAGGCCAUCCAGUAAAAAGCAUUUCCAUGAAGAAUUGGCACUUCAGAUGGUGGUCAGUACUGGCAUGGUGAGAGAAUCUGUCUUCAAGUAUGCCUGGUUCUUCUUUGAAUUGCUGGUCAAGAGCAUGGCUCAGUAUGUUGAUAACAUGAAGAAGCAGGAUACUCCCCGCAGAACUCGAUUUUCCAAUCGCUUCAAGGAUGACAUCACCACUAUAGUUAAUGUGGUCACCUCAGAGGUUGCAGCACUUUUAGUGAAACCACAGAAGGAAAGUGAGCAAGCAGAAAAGAUCAACAUUAGCCUGUCAUUUUUUCUGUAUGAUCUUCUUUCUCUGAUGGAUCGUGGCUUUGUGUUUAAUCUCAUCAAACACUACUGCAACCAGUUGUCAAAUAAACUGAGUACUCUUCCAACCUUAAUUUCCAUGAGGCUGGAGUUUCUGCGAAUUCUCUGCAGUCAUGAACAUUACCUCAAUCUGAAUCUGUUCUUCUUGACUUCAUCCUCUGCUCCAGCAUCUCCCUCUCCUUCUCUGUCAUCCCAGAAUUCAAGUUCGUGCUCAAGUUUCCAGGAUCAAAAACUUGCCAGCAUGUUUGACCUUACAGCAGAUUAUCGGCAGCAGCACUUCCUAACAGGGCUGCUCUUCACUGAGUUGGCAGCUGCUCUAGAUACGGAAGCAGAAGGGAUAAGCAGAGUUCAGAGGAAAGCUGUCAUUGCUAUUCACACCCUGCUGAGUUCACAUGACUUGGAAAAAUCAUGCUUGAAACCAGAAGUAAAAGUAAAAGUUGCUGCCCUUUACCUGCCUCUGGUUGGGAUCAUUUUGGAUGCACUUCCACAAUUACAUGAUUUUACAGUUUCAGAUGGUCGCAAUGGGAAAGGCCGUGGAUGUCCAGAUGAGGAACAGGAGGCUACAAACCAGAUUAAUCAAAAUAUUGCUCUGGCGAUUGCCGGGAACCAGUUUAACCUCCUUCGGUCUUCUGGCUUAUCUAUCUCGACAGUGCCCUACAAACUAUACAACACUUUAAGCCCUGAAACAACACGACACCUUUUGAUUUGUUUUCUAUGGAUCAUGAAAAAUGCUGAUCAGAAUCUCAUUCAGAAAUGGAUUGCAGAUCUGCCAUCAAUGCAACUAAACAAGAUUUUAGACCUUCUUUUCAUCUGUGUUUCAGCUUUUGAGUACAAGGGCAAACAAAGCUCAGAUAAAGUUAGCACUCAAGCCCUCCAGAAGUCAAGAGAUGUAAAAGCUCGGCUAGAAGAGGCUUUAUUAAGAGGAGAGGGAGCCCGAGGUGAAAUGAUGAAGCGCUGCAGAAUGCCUAUUGGGAAUGAUAGGUUCCCAGGGUUGAAUGAGAAUCUACGAUGGAGGAAAGAGCAGACACAGUGGCGGCAAGCAAAUGAAAGGCUAGAUAAAACAAAAGCUGAGAUUGAUCAUGAAGCUCUGGUUAAUGGGAACCUAGCUACAGAAGCUAAUUUGAUCGUUUUGGAUAUGCAAGAGAACAUUAUCCAGGCAACUUCACUUAUGGAUUGCAGAGAAAGCAUCCUGGGAGGUGUGCUGAAAGUCCUUGUAAAUUCUCUGACUUGUGAUCAGAGCACAACAUACCUGACCCAUUGUUUUGCUACUCUCCGAGCACUUAUUGUCAAAUUUGGAGAGUUCCUGUUUGAAGAGGAAGUGGAGCAGUGUGCUGAUCUCUGUCAGAGAGUCCUACAGCAGUGCAGUAGUAGCAUCGAUGUCACUCGGAUCCAAGCUUGUGCUACUCUUUACCUCCUAAUGAGAUACAGCUUCAGUUCCUCCAGUAACUUUGCAAGAGUGAAAAUGCAAGUGACAAUGUCACUGGCUUCUCUGGUUGGUAAAGCAUCAGAUUUUAAUGAGGAAUAUCUCAGAAAGUCUUUACGAACCAUUUUGGCAUAUGCAGAGGAAGAUGUAGAUAUGCAGCCAACUCUGUUUCCAGCACAGGUGGAAGAGCUGUUGUCUAAUUUGAACAGUAUACUGUCAGAUACAGUAAAAAUGCGAGAGUUUCAGGAAGACCCAGAAAUGCUAAUGGAUCUUAUGUACAGAAUUGCCAAAGGAUAUCAGACAUCACCUGACUUAAGACUUACAUGGCUGCAGAACAUGGCAGAGAAGCAUGCCAAGAGGAAAUGCUACACAGAGGCUGCCAUGUGUCUUGUUCAUUCAGCUGCCCUAGUUGCAGAAUACUUGAGCAUGCUAGAGGAUCACAGUUACCUGCCGGUUGGUAGCGUCAGCUUUCAGAAUAUUUCCUCCAAUAUACUAGAGGAAUCUGCUGUUUCAGAUGAUGUUCUGUCUCCAGAUGAAGAUGGCGUAUGCUCAGGAAGAUAUUUCUCAGAGAACGGAUUGGUGGGACUCUUGGAACAAGCUGCAGAGCUUUUUAGCACUGGAGGUUUGAGUGAAACUGUCAAUGAAGUCUACAAGAUUGUCAUUCCCAUUUUAGAAGCACAUCGAGAUUUCAGGAAGCUUUCUUCAACUCACAGUAAACUUCAGAAGGCCUUUGAAAACAUAAUAAAUAAGGGUCAAAAGAGAAUGUUUGGCACUUAUUUCCGUGUUGGCUUCUAUGGAGCCAUAUUUGGAGAUUUGGAUGAACAGGAAUUUGUUUAUAAGGAACCUGCCAUUACCAAACUUCCAGAGAUUUCUCACAGGCUGGAGGGAUUUUAUGGGCAGUGCUUUGGGGAGGAUCGUGUUAUAGUGAUUAAAGAUUCCACUCCAGUAGACAAGAGCAAACUAGAUCCUAGUAAGGCUUACAUACAGAUUACCUUUGUGGAACCUUAUUUUGAUGACUAUGAGAUGAAAGACAGAAUGACUCACUUUGAGAAGAACUUCAAUCUCCGCCGAUUUAUGUACACCACCCCUUUCACGCAGGAUGGACGCCCACGAGGAGAACUGAGUGAGCAGUAUAAGAGGAAGACCAUUUUGACCACCAUGCAUGCUUUUCCCUACAUCAAAACUAGAAUCAAUGUCAUUCAAAAGGAGGAGUUUGUCUUGAUGCCAAUUGAAGUAGCUAUUGAAGACAUGCAAAAGAAAACUCUGGAGCUAGCUGUUGCCACCAACCAGGUGCCCCCAGAUGCCAAAAUGCUCCAGAUGGUUCUUCAGGGUUCUGUGGGAGCAACGGUAAAUCAGGGGCCACUAGAGGUAGCCCAAGUGUUCCUGGCUGAAAUUCCAGAAGAUCCAAAACUUUAUCGGCAUCACAACAAGCUGAGGUUAUGCUUCAAAGAGUUCAUAAUGAGGUGUGGUGAAGCAGUGGAGAAAAACAAGCGCCUGAUUACUGCUGACCAAAGAGAAUAUCAGCAGGAACUGAAAAAGAAUUAUAACAAGUUGAAAGAGAACCUCAGACCAAUGAUUGAGAGGAAAAUCCCUGAAUUGUAUAAACCCAUUGUGAAAGUUGACAGUAUUUCAAGGGACUCUUUCCGUAGUUCUAGUUUUAGGAAGUGUGAAAGUCUGCCUCCACAGAACCCUUAAGAAGAACAGAGCAGCUUCAUUAGAAUGAACUAUCUCCUUGCCAUGGAUUAAAUACAAGAAGAUAUGCAAAAAAUGUACAAGCAGGAAAUUCUUCCCACAAUUCCCGUGACCACAUUUUGUCAAAACUGUUGCUUGUACAAGAUUCAAGAAGCAGGAAUUACAGCAAAAGCAUCCAGUAAGAGGACAGGAAUGCUUUUUGAAAAAUCAAAGUGGGAUAUUUGCAUACAAAGGAAAAUUCUCCAUAUUUUCUCCCAAAUUCUAAAGGCCAGUUAAUGAGACUGCAUUGUUUAUACAAUAUUUCAUAUCUGUUGUACGGGUAUCUUUGAAUAUCUUUGAAACCUCCUGUGUGGAUAUUUGAUGGUAGAAAUUCUGUGAAAACGCACAAUCAUGGAGUUGUAUAUCAUACGCAAGCAACACUCCCAGCAUCUGAAAAAGAAAAAUUUCCAGCCAGAGUUAAGCACAUGUAAAUCCCAUUAAAAUCAAUAGGAUAACUAUGAAUUUGUAUAAUUCCAACUGUUGUUUGAAGAAAGCAGUCUUUCCUCUUGAUGACAAUCUUAUUGCAAUGGGCCAUGUAAGAGGUUUUUUCAUGUGAACUGCUAAGUAGGAACAAUUUACAUAAAGAUGAAAAAUAUGUACAAUGUAAACCUUUUUCAGUUGACAGUGACCUAAGGAACACAGAAGCUACAUAGGGAAAAGGAUAUUCAAAUUCAAAUGUGCCUUAACUGAAAUUAUGUUUACAGGCUACAGGGAACUGUUGCUUCCAGAUAAUGCAUUUAUUAUGCAAUUGCUGUGUCCUAAAUGUGGACGCACUCUCAUUCUUGUUGGAAUGCGUCACUUUUGUAAUUGUUUAGUAUUUUCAUUAUUUAAAAGUGGUACUAUGUUUCUUCUCAUUUUUGAAAUAUGUAGUUGGGUUCAUGACAGCUUGGCUGGUAUUUUCCUACAUGUUGGUUGCAAUAUGUCUUAUCCAGCCCAGGCACCUUAACAGUCAGUGGUGAGGAUAUUAACCUGGUGUCCAAAAAGCUGUAUGUGGUAGUGUGAAAUGUAAGGAUUUGGGGGGUUGGAAAAGCUAGUGGGAAUUCUUGCACUUAAUUGUUACUUUAUUCCAAAAGCCCUGAAAUUUGGGGGCUUUUUUCUUUUCAGUUCAAUAGCACUAUGUCUGUCUUUUUGUUUCCCAAAACCUCCAAAAGAAGGAAAUUAAAAUUAAACUAAAAGAUUUUAUAUUGUAAUGAUUGUCCAAUGUGAAUAUUAUUUUGAGUUAAGUAUGUUUAUUAAGCAUAUGGAAGAUGUCAGUACAACUUGGUCUUCAUGUAUAUUAGAA